UGUCCUGACAUUUGGGGGGAUAUCUGUACUGUCCUGACAUUUGGGGAUAUCUGUACUGUCCUGACAUUUGGGGAUAUCUGUAACGUCCUGACAUUUGGGGGGGGAUAUCUGUAUGGUCCUGACAUUUGGGGGGAUAUCUGUACUGUUCUGACAUUUGGGGGAUAUCUGUACUGUCCUGACAUUUGGGGGAUAUCUGUCCUGUCCUGACAUUUGGGGGAUAUCUGUACUGUUCUGACAUUUGGGGGAUAUCUGUACUGUUCUUACAUUUGGGGGAUAUCUGUACUGUUCUGACAUUUUUGGUCCUCAAGAAAUCAGAUCGGCUGUCAUUUGUGAACUCUAUAACUUUCCUACA